AUGGCGCUGACAUCAGCAGAAGGCUUUAUUUCGUUGUUGGAUGACGAGCGACAGGAUAUUAAGGCUUUUGCCCUAAAACGUCUAAAUGAGCUGGUUGACGAAUUUUGGGCUGAAAUAUCUGGUUCGGUAGAGAAAAUUGAAACACUUUACGAGGAUAGCAAUUUUGUUCAUCACAAGGCGGCGGCAUUACUUGCGUCCAAAGUUUACUACAAUCUUGGUGAGUAUGACGACGCCCUGCAUUUCGCGUUAUGUGCCGAAGAACUUUUCGAUCCCAAUGCUCGGUCUGAUUUCGUGAAAACAAUGAUAGCCAAAUGUAUUGAUAAGUAUACAUCUAUUCGCUCGGUUGAUGAAAACAAUCCGGAGGCAAAGCUUACUGCAAAGGAUCUUCAGUUGAGUGGACGCAAAUGGGAAGAUAUUUUUGAAGAGGUCAUUACCCGAGCUGAUGACCGUGAUGACAUGCUACGAUACGCACUCAAAGUCGUGCUUACAUUGGUUGAUAGUGUCAAGCUUCGCAAUCGGUUACUGAAUAUUCUCGUUAGAAUUUACAGUAAAAACCCUUCUCCGGCCGAUUCAGUCUACAUCUGUCAGUGUCUCGUGCUCAUGGACAACCCACAAGCUACUGCAGAUGCCCUUGAAAGUUUGCUCUUGAUUUCCGAUGAAGCUGCUGUCACCGCUUUUCAAAUCGGUUUUGAUCUCUACGAGAAUGCGACGCAGCAGUUUCUUCACAGAGUUUCUGAGGCUCUUUCCCGUAGUGCAAAACUCUGCUAUCUGAUGGAACGGUCAAAACCAGCAGAGACUGAGGAAAAGCCCAUAAAAAUGGAAGAGGGGGUAACAGCUGAGGUAGAAGCAGCGAAACAGCAUGAAGAUUCUCCGAGGAUGCUCUCUGAUGAAGAUAAGGUUGUGAAGAAAAGACUUGAGCUACUCAAUAGCAUUCUUUCGGGCGAAAAAGUUAUUGAGCUCCACCUACAGUUCCUUAUCCGAAACAACAAAGCUGAUUUGCGCCUUCUUGAACGUAUAAAGGAAGACAUUCGCAAUUCGGUAACUCACAACGCGACUGUUAUUGCCAACAGCCUGAUGCAUUGCGGUACAACAUCUGAUCAGUUCCUGCGUGACCAUCUCACAUGGCUUGGAAAAGCAGUUAAUUGGGCCAAGUUUACAGCCACAGCCACUCUUGGAGUCAUUCAUCGGGGGAAUGAAAAAGAGGCUCUUCGAUUGAUGUCUGCUUACCUCCCGAAGGAUGCCAGUGGGAGCUCCGGUAGUGUCUAUACAGAAGGCGGCGGUCUUUACGCUCUUGGCCUCAUCCACGCAAACCAUGGCGGCUCUAUGACAGAGUACCUUUUAAACCAAUGCAAGGAGGCUAUUGCCGAGCCAAUACGCCACGGCGCUUGCUUGGGCCUUGGUCUAGCCGCAAUGGGCACUGGUCGAGAGGACGUCUACGAACAAAUCAAGCAGCACCUUUUCCAGGACGAUGCAAUCACCGGCGAGGCUGCUGGUCUGGCCAUGGGUCUGGUCAUGCUGGGCACAGGGUCCUCAACGGCCGUCAACGAUCUCCUGAGUUACACCGUGGACACCUCUCACGAGAAAAUCAUGCGCGGUAUCGCCUUGGGUAUUGCGCUGAUUAUGUAUGGCAAACGAGAGGAGGCCGACGAUCUUAUUAAUAACCUUAUUCAAGAAACCGAUCCAAUUUUGCGUUGGUGCGGUAUGGCCACAAUUGCCAUGGCCUAUUGUGGCACAAAUAGUAACCAGGCCGUUCAAAAGCUUCUUCACGCGGCAGUGAGCGACACAAAUGAUGACGUGCGUCGCUGGGCCCUCACCGCACUCGGCUUCGUCAUGUUUAAGGACGCUGAUAAAGUGCCUUCUCUUGUGUCGCUGCUUUCUGAGUCCUACCAUCCGCACCUCCGCUACGGUGCAGCGAUGGCUGUUGGCAUCGCCUGCGCUGGCACUGCAAACAAGGAGGCCAUUUCCCUUCUGGAACAACUCCUUGAUGGCACGGUGCAUUUUGUUCGUCAAGGAGCUCUCAUUGCUCAGGCCAUGGUCCUUAUGCAACAGAAUGCCGUCUCGUGUCCCAAGUCGGUAGAAUUCAGGGAGCGUUGUCUGAAAAUAAUUUCCGAUCGGCACGAGGAUCUUAUGGCCAAGUUCGGUGCCAUCCUCGCCUGUGGCAUCCUCGAUGCAGGCGGCUGCAACAUGACCAUCUCCCUGCAAACUCGCACUGGCAACACCAAUAUGUCCGCUGCCGUCGGCCUCCUGGUCUUCCAGAACUUUUGGUUUUGGUAUCCUCUGACUAACUUCAUUAGUCUCGCUUUCUCCCCCACCGCGAUCAUUGGACUCAACAAGGACCUCCAGAUGCCACAGAUGCAAUUCAAGUCGAAUGCUAAGCCCUCCAUGUUUGCCUAUCCACCACCGAUGCAAAUUGAAAAGGAGAAGAAAAAGGAAAAGGUAGAGACGGCAGUGCUCAGUAUCACAGCAAAGCACAAAAAGAAGGAAUUGGAGAAAAAGAAACCGGGCACCACGACCACCACAAGUGGUCCAAGCGAUGCGGGUCCCGAGAAAAUGGAGGUUGACAAUCAACCUGCAACUGCUAAGAAAGAUAAAGAGGAGAAGGAGCCGUCCUUUUCGAUGCUGUCCAAUCCGGCUCGAGUAAUGCGGGCCCAGCAACGUGUCCUUUCUCUGCCAGAGGAUUCUCGGUACUACUCAAUAAAGCCAAUCACUCAAGCGGGCAUCCUCCUGUUUCACGAUCGUCGACCUGAGGAAGAAGAGGUUCUUGUUGAGGUCCUUCAGCCUCACGGGCCUAGCCUCGGUGGGCGUGCGGGCAAGAGUGGCGUAAAAGCAAGCGGCAGCACCGUCUCCACCGCUGGCACCGGUGCUCUUGCGACAGGCGCUUCCGCCACCCUUGCUGCUGUCGAAGACACUGUCGCUUCUCAGCCCAUACAUGCUUCAACCGUUGGUGCACUCAUGGAGGAUGAAGAUGAUGAUGACGAUGAAGAUGUUGAUGACGAUGAGGAUGUUGAUGAUGAUGAGGAUGAAGAAGAUGACGGUGGCUCCAUGUCAGAGGAUGAAGAAGACGAUGUUGAUGUGGACGAGGCUAUGAUGGAUGAUGAGGCGGACGACUAUGAACCUGUAGUGCCGAGGUCGCGUGGCCAUCGGAGUGGUACAGAUAAGUCUGGUGGCGCUGCUUCGGAGUCCCAGCACGAACCCGGCCCUCCUGAACCAUUUGUAUGGACAGAGGAUGAUGUUUUGCCAGAGGCGACCACCGCUGCUGCUUCCGCAACCGGCACAACAAACACCACUACCACUGCAACCGCUAAUGUGGGCAGUAGCCAUGUGACGGCAACAACCCAGAGCCAACCUCAGCCGGCGGCUGGAAGCUCAGUGCAUGCGGCGGGCAGCCAGGCUGAGCCAAUGGACACUGAUCGUUUAAAGAACCACGCCGAUGAUGAGCAGAGUUCUGAUGUGGAUGAGAUGAUUGCCAAGCAAAAUAAAAGAUCGCCGGAGUCCGAGAAGAAGAAAUAG